GAAGCACAAGGGCAACGGAUACCACCACGGCGAGGGAGACGACAGGGAAGACUGGAACCACAUGUUGACGGAAACCCCCGGAGGACAUGCAGAGUGGCAAGACAACGAGCAUGAGCAGUCGGAUCAUCAAGUCGGAGUCGGACGCACACUCGCCGGGUCAACCGCCGAUCAGUAGUCCGAUGUCGAUCUCGGCGCUUACUGCUAGGCUGAUGGACGAUUGCGACGGCGGCAGCAUGCAGCUGGGCAGUCUCGAAGUUGAUCCGGCUUGGCCGUACGCGGACGAGGAUUUGGAGUCGCCGAUCUGCCAUUCGUCCUGCGGGAAAUUGUUGACCUCGGUGGUCCGGCCACAACGACAGCUGGUGCCCGCCUACCGGAAGUACUCGGAAUCGGUUCAAGAACCGAAUCGGGCACGACUCCGUCAUCGCCCCUCGCCAAGAACAACUGCAGGCUACUACAACUCGUCGUUCGACGAUCCGAUCCUACCGGGAAGUUAG